AUCAAUUAUAAGUCACCAACCACUGUAUAAAUUAUUUGGGGCAUGAACCAACACACCUCAAAGUUGCCCAUAAAAACACAAUACAACCUAACCAAGUAACCAACCAUUUCAUAUUUCUAGUUCUGAAGUUCCAUUAGCUCUUAAAUUACAUAAAACUCAAAAUGGAAGAGCCUGGUUCCAAUGCUUCAAGUGCAGUCACCGUCCUUUCAAAAUGCACAGUUUUCCCUGACAGAAAAUCAACUCUUGGAGACCUCAAACUCACUAUCUCAGAUCUAACCAUGCUCUGCUGGCAUUACAUCCAAAAAGGUGUUCUCUUCAUAACUCCAUCUCUCCCUUCUCAAACACUCAUUCCCCACCUUAUUACUUCUCUCUCUAAAACACUCUCUAUCUUCCCACCCCUCUCGGGCCGUUUAGUAACCGACUCAAACGGUUACAUUUACAUCACUUGCAACGACGCUGGUGCUGAUUUCAUCCACGCCACCGCCACUCAUUUCACACUCACCGACCUUUUGUCAUCACCUGAUAUCCAUCAAGCUUUCGAACAAUUCUUCCCAUUCCACCGUAAACUCAACUACGAUGCUCAUUUCUCACCUAUCUUAGCCGUUCAAGUCACUUACCUUCCCGACGGAGUAUUCAUCGGCGUCGCUGUCUGCCACGCUGUCACCGACGGCUCCACCCUUUGGAACUUCUUCAAUACCUUCGCUGAUAUUUCCCGGGGAGUCACGCCACUUUCGAGAAUCCCGGACUUCCGCCGGGAAUCAAUCCUUAACUCCAAGGUUGCUGUCCAGUUACCGGAAGGUGGCAUCGAGUUGGCGUUCAACCCUGACGAGCCAUUGCGAGAGAGGAUUUUCAGUUUCUCUCGCGAAGCAAUUCAGAAACUGAAAUCGAGAGUAAACCACCACCGUACUUCGCCGGAGAAUGCUGACGUGGCAGAGCUAAUAUCAAAACUGAGCGACGACACUCAACUGAAAACAGUUACGAGAAACGGAAGCGAAAUGGAAGAUGUUUCGUCGUUUCAGUCGCUAUGCGCGAUGAUGUGGCAAUGUGUGACACGCGCUAGAAAACUUGAUGGUUCUGAAACGACGACGUUUAGAAUGGCUGCGAAUAUUCGUAACCGUUUGGAGCCGAAGUUAGGUGAGUACUACUUCGGGAACGCGAUUCAGAGCAUUGCCACGUGUUGCAAAGUUUAUGAGGUGUUGAACAAUGAUCUUACGUGGUGUGCUGAGCAACUGAAUAAAAGUGUCAGGGAGUACGAUAGCGUUGUGGUGAGGCGUGUCGUAGAGAAUUGGGAGCGUGAGCCGAAGUGUUUCAAGCUGGGGAGCCAAGAUGGUGCGUUGCUGCUGAUGGGUAGUUCGCAUAGAUUCCCUAUGUAUGACAAUGAUUUUGGUUGGGGAAGGCCGUUGGCGGUGAGGAGCGGUGGAGCUAACAAGUUUGAUGGUAAGAUAUCGGUCUAUCCGGGGAGGAAAGGAGGCGGCAGUAUCGACUUAGAGGUGGCUUUGGCGCCUGAAACGAUGGCGCUGCUUGUCACUGAUUCUGAGUUCAUGCUUUACGCCACUUCACACGUGUCACAAAUUUGGAAGGGAAUAUUGUUGUGUUAAAAAGAAAGUAAACACUAUUUAUUUUCGUAGUUUGAAUUGUCAGGUGUCUGUGAAUAAUACUAUUAGGAGUUCCUUGAUUUUCGGCUCGGUUUCAAUUAUCAUUUAGUAUUUUAAAUAAAUCUCAUGUUAACAAAUGUUGUUUGAACCGUUGCCAAGGUAAUAAAAUAAUUAGAAAGUUUCAACUUUUCACAGCCAUUAUAGAACUAUUUAUAGCUUUUAAGACCA